CCCGGCGUUCCUGAAGGGUAGUUGGUGCUGCCUCAGCCCGCAGGUUACCGGGUUUGGUGUUGCGGCGCCCGCCUUCGCCCGGCUCAGGCUGUUUCUGAUGCUUGGAAGCUAUCUUUUCAUCCACAAAGAUGGUAAUAAAUCUUUGCCUCCCACAGUUCAGACCAAGAAUUCACUGCAACAAGAUAUCAGCUGAUGGUUAUGAAGUAGAAAAUCUCAUCUCUGAAGACCUCACAAAGAGAAGUCAUGGUUUUAGGACAGAGUAUUUCAUUAAGCCACCAGUCUAUGUGACAGUUUCCUUUCCCUUUAAUGUGGAAAUCUGUAGGAUUAACCUAGACCUCACAGCUGGGGGAGGCCAGAACGUCACUGGCCUGGAAAUGUACACAUCUGCCUCAUGCAGCAGAGCAUCUUGGAGCACGCCCGAGUGCCGGAACCCAGGCCCAGCCGAGCCAUCUGUCCCGGACAAGGAGUUGUUCACCUUGGUAGGCAAAGUCUUACUGAAAAACCAGAGCCAAGUGGUGUUCAGUCACAGGGGCUUCAAGGCCAGGCCACCUUUUGGCCCAAUGGAAGUCACACUUCCCUCCCCUGCUGUUGUGACUCAAGAGCUUUGGAAUAAAGGGGCUCUUUCCCUUAGCCAUGUGGCCCACCUCAAGAUUUGUAUCACGCACGUGACAGGCAGCGGUAUUCCUUGCAUCAAGCGGUUAGAAGUGUGGGGUCAGCCGGCCAAGACCUGCUCUCAGGAGGUGAUAGACAGCGUUCUCCUGGUUGCCUCAGAGAGCCUGCCCCAGGACUUGGCUCUGCAGGCCCCGGCCUUGCCCAUGGAAAGUGACUGUGACCCCGGGGACCAGUCUGAGGGUCAGCAGGCCCCCACCAGCCUGCAGGAGCUGGCUGAGGUAAUUCAGGAUGUGCCUGAGGAGUUCCUGGAUCCCAUCACCCUGGAGAUCAUGCCCUGUCCCAUGCUGCUGCCCUCAGGCAAGGUCAUUGACCAGAGUACGCUGGAGAAGUGCAACCGCAGUGAAGCUGCGUGGGGCCGAGUGCCCAGCGACCCUUUCACGGGGGUUGCCUUUACUCCACACUCCCAGCCCCUGCCUCACCCCUCCCUGAAAGCUCGGAUCGACCACUUCCUGCUCCAGCACACUGUCCCUGGCUGCCACUUGCUUGGGAGAGCACAGACUACACUGGCAGUGACUCCUUCUUCCAUUGCUCUGCCCUCUCGGAAAAGGAAGAUGGAACAGGCUGAACAAGCCCCGGACAGGAGCCUUGGUAUAAAUGCUUCCUGUUUUUCUACCACAAGCCCUCUGGUCUUGCCCACUACCUCAGAGCACACUGCUAAGAAAAUGAAAGUCACCAAUGAGCUUGGCCUGACACACAUGGACUGCUCAACAGAUCCAGUGUCCCAUGAGCAGAAGCUGUCACAAAGCUUGGAAAUUGCCUUGAUGUCCACCCUUGGCUCCAUGCCCUCCUUUACGGCUCGGCUGACCAGGGGACAGCUGCAGCACCUUGGCACAAGAGGGAGCAGCACUUCCUGGAGGCCUGGCACUGGCUCGGAGCAGCCUGGGAGCGCCCCAGGCCCCGAAUGUGCCUCCUGCAAAAGAGCGUUUUCCCCGUACUUGAAAAAGGAGCCCGUUUACCAGCUUCCCUGUGGCCACCUCCUGUGCCGACCUUGCCUGGGUGAGAAGCAGCGCUCCCUGCCCAUGACGUGCACGGCCUGCCAGCAGCCAGUCGCCAGCCAGGACGUGCUGCGGGUCCACUUCUGAGUGAGCAGCCCCGACUGGACAAGACCCGUGGCUGGAAAGAGCAGAGGGGGAGCAGAGCGAGGUCACAGCUCCCCUGAGGUCUGGCCAGGUCCCAGGCACAGAGCUGCCUUUUCUUUCCCAGGGGGCUUCCCUUUGUCACCUCACGGUGCAGCACAGGCCCAGAGUGGGGGUGGGGGUGGGGGAGGAGCCCUCCACACCUGCUCAGGUGGCACUAGGAUAACAAAGCCAUAGGGUGGGGUGGGAGGCGAGGAGGAGAUGUCCCUGCCCGCCCCCCCCCGUGCCUCCCUGCCACUGCCCCCACUAGAGCCCAGGACCUGCUGGAGCCAGCCCCACGUGGGCAGGGGACCCUGCUGGGCCCCCACGAUGUCAGCACACCCCUGCCGCGGGGGUGUGCAUGGAGCACAGUACGCGGUGCCUGCCUCUCAGGCUGUCCAGACUGCGGAGCGGGGGCUCCGUGCGGUGCAUGACGCAGCCCACACUGGCGGCCACUCCAAGCCUUAAUAAAGUGAUGGUUGACGUCUGC